CCCCUGCUCAGCCCUCGCUCGGGGCUGCGCCUCCCGGGGGCUCGUGCUGUCGUGCCGCCGGCGCAACAACGUCCCGCCAGGGCCAUCCACGUCUUCGGAUCGGACGAAAUGGCCGCCAGCUGGCGGAUCGUCUGUCUCGCCGAGUCUCUUUUUGAGUUUCUUGUUCAGACGACUCAGGUUCACUGUCUCUCCGGAACACAUACGGUAUGUCGCGCACCCAGAACCACGGGCACGCUGCACACUGACCCUGGCAACCCUCGAAAUGCGCGCACCCGAGAUGAGGAGAACCUUAGUUUAUUGAAGCUUGAGGAGCUGGAGGGAGCUAAAACUCGUCGGACCGCAACUACAAUACGUUUAGACACCGGCGCUAGGGCAUAG